AUGGCCCCGGUAAAGACACAGUCACCUUCUAAUGCCACGUUCAGAGAUAAGGAGAAGCCACAGGAAGUGAGGAAAAGCAACAUUCUCGCGGCCAGAGCAGUCAGCGAUGCCAUCAGAACAUCUUUGGGUCCAAAAGGUAUGGAUAAGAUGAUCAAGACGAAAACCGGCGAGAUCAUCAUCUCCAACGACGGAGCUACCAUUCUUAAGCACAUGGCUAUCUUGCACCCCGCAGCAAGAAUGUUGGUCAACGUCAGUGCGGCCCAGGAUGUUGAGGCUGGAGAUGGAACCACCUCGGUGGCUAUUUUGACAGGAUCCAUGUUGGGGGCAGCGGAGAAGUUGCUCAAUAUGGGAAUCCACCCAACGUUGGUGGGUGAGUCUUUCCAGACCGCAGCCGCCAGAGUUUGCCAAGUGUACUUGGACAUGUCACACAAGAUCUCCUUGUCAGACAGAGACAUUUUGAUCAAGGCAGCAUCCACGUCCUUGUCGUCAAAGAUUGUGUCACAGCACUCGCUGUUAUUGUCACCAUUGUCGGUAGAUUCAGUCUUGCGUGUGAUGAAUGAGGCCAAUGACAACGUCGACUUGAACGACGUCAGACUCAUCAAGAAGGUGGGAGGUACCAUUGACGACACCGAGAUGGUCGAUGGCGUUGUGUUGACACAAAACGUCUUGAAGUCUGCUGGCGGCCCUACCAGAAUGGAGAAGGCUAGAAUUGGACUUGUGCAAUUUCAGUUGUCGCCUCCCAAGCCCGACAUGGAGAACAAUGUGGUGGUGAACGACUACAGACAAAUGGACAAGAUCUUGAAAGAGGAGAGAGCAUACUUGUUGAACAUCUGUAAGAAGAUCAAGAAGGCGAAGUGCAAUGUGUUGUUGAUUCAGAAAUCUAUCUUGAGAGACGCUGUCAACGACUUGGCUUUGCACUUCUUAGCCAAGUUGAACAUUUUGGUCAUCAAGGACAUCGAGAGAGAUGAGGUCGAGUUUUUGACUAAGGCUACCGGAUGUAAGCCUAUUGCUGACGUGGACAACUUCACAGAGGACAGAUUGGGCUCGGCCGAGUUGGUGGAGGAGAUCGAGUCUUCAGGUUCCAAGAUUGUUAAGAUUACUGGUGUUACUGCGAAGAACACCAAGCCAACCGUUUCCAUUGUGGUCAGAGGUGCUAACCAAUUGGUCCUUGACGAGGCCGAGAGAUCCAUCCAUGACGCCCUCUGUGUGAUCAGAUGUUUGGUCAAGGAAAAGGCCAUGAUUGCCGGAGGAGGUGCCCCAGAAAUCGAAGCAGCCAAGACACUUCUCAAAGAAGCCAAUCAGUUGAGUGGUGUUGAGCAAUUUGUCUACCAGGAGUUUGCACAGGCCUUGGAAGUGAUUCCUACUACUUUGGCCGAGAACGCUGGCUUGAACCCAAUCAAUGUUGUGACUGACUUGCGUAAUAGACACGAAAACGGAGAGAGAAAUGCUGGAAUUUCUGUGAGAAGAUCUGGAGCUUCCAACACAUAUGCCGAGAACAUUUUGCAGCCAGUGUUGGUGAGUACCAGUGCGAUUACGUUGGCUGCCGAAACCGUCAAGUCCAUUUUGCGUAUUGAUGACAUCACGUUCAGUCGUUAA